AUGGCGGAGUUGAGAUACAAUGAUAAGAAGGCUUUGACCGCGAAAGAGGAGGAUAUCAAAGUUGCGUGUACAUCUGUCAACUCAACGCAAGAAUCGUUCUCGGAAGGAAAGCCUGCAAUACAGCAUGAACGCGUCAAAACCUGGGGUAAUGACAGCGUGCAGGAGGCAACAUGCACACCGAGAGGUUGGCUGUCGGAACCGCGAUGGAAGGUACGCUGGACCUGGAUGUUGCACGACGCCUGUCUGAGUAUCUGGCACGCGACUAAAUGGACCGCGCGGACGAUCAAGAAUGCACCGCUAUGGAAACACUUCCGGUGGUCGAAGAAGCAGUUCUACGCCUUUCUCCUCUUACUCAGCUGGGUCAUCCUGCCCAUAUUUGCAGCGGGCACGGUGACACCGAUAAGAUACAUUUUCGCAGACAAGACUUUGUCAUGCGGAAACACCAUCGGCGGAGACCCUCAGAAUGCAACGGUGACGGGAAUAGAGAAACUCUUUACGCUGGACGCUACGUGGGGCCAAUUCACCUUUUCACAGGCCAAGACGAUAGACAUUCUCUGGGACUUGCUCAUCGGGAAAGGCGCACAGGCAUUGGCGUGGUGGGCCACGUACAAUGUCUUCUGCGACGCGUUACUACGCGCGAUCGAACGACAUCCGGCGAGCUUCAGCAUUUUCCAGAGGAUGGCUAUGGAAGGGCCCGGGUUGCACUGUCUAUGGGCGUUGACGAAAGAGCUAUGGACUGCGAGGAGUAUACGGACGCGAUUUUUGUUCUUCUACAUGUUUUGGUCGACGGGUUACGUGCUUCUUGUACCCAUUGUUCUCGGCGCCAUGACAGGUUACGACAGCACUUCUAUCGCGUGGCUCGACAUCGACGGGUCGAACAACAUCAUUCCCGCUUCCCAAUUAUCAAGUGCGUGGGUUAUCCUGGGCACCAAGAACGAGACGUGGAAGCAACCAGGCUGUGCGGACUACGAAUUGCAGAGUGAUUAUGGCUACAUUACGGAUAAGAGACGGCAAAGUUGUGACUGCAAAUUCGCUAACGGCACCACUGUAACCGCCGCCGAACAAAGAGACCUUUGGCAACACACCUCGUUUAAUCAAUACGACGAUCUUUUGUUCAAUUGCACCUUCGACUUCCCCAACAACACGCAAACCUGGACGGAACAAAAGGUCUACAACCAAGACUCCAUCACUCAUCUCUGCAACACCAGCGUCUCCGUCCCUGUGGGUGGCAAAACGUACAACGCCGACGACCUAGUCGGAGACUACGGGUACUGCUACAAUGGAAUUGGGUAUCAGUACUACUCGCUCAUAGGGAGAAGCCGCUGCCUCCCCGACACUGCCAAUCCGACCUACCAAUGGGGUUUCUCGACGCUCAUGGCUGGGUUGUUCAUGUUUGUAACGAGUGCCUGGGUGCUUAGAGGGCUACAGACUUACGCCGUUGCGCGCGGCGUUUGCAAUGGCGGUGGCGGCGAGGAGGCGUACGGGGUUGAGUGGGAAGGAUCUUAUCAGUGCGAAGAAUAG